UGUGCCUGUGCAGUGACCUAGUUUGUGUUGUUAUUCCAUAUCGAAUGUGUAGUGUGCAGUCAUUUUGGACUUUACUACUGCAGACAGGGUAGUGUGACGUUAGUAUACAUGUAAAUACCGAAAGCAAAAUCAGCCAACGAUCUGUAGCAAAUCAUGAUGAGAUUUGGUAAUUGGGUAAGCAGAGCGACUGUCCUGUGUACGUAUUCCCGACCCUGUGUGUCCACUGGUUGUCUGAGGAGAAUCUCUCCCAAUGUAUUGUCAUCCGUGAGACCGCCGUGUUACAGGGAGUUCUCCAACACCGCUGUCCGAAAUGUUAUCUACACAAGUCCCAUACCGGAUAUACACAUCAAGGAGGAAUCUUUGGCGGAUUAUCUUUUACCAAAACUUGAGAGAUUCGGCAGUAGAACGGCACUUGUAGACAACGAUACAGGUAAAUUGUACACUUACCUAGAAUUGAAGGACGCUGUGAUAAAGGUGGCCAGUGCCCUACAUAGACUGGGGUACAAAAAGGGAGAUGUACUGUGUAUGUGCUCCACCAACAGUACCGAAUAUGCUAUACUCAUACUGGCCUGUGUGACGUCAGGCAUAAUACUCACCACAACAAAUCCUACCUACACCCCUGUUGAACUUGCAAGGCACCUGAGCCAUUCAGGCUCCACCGGUGUGAUUUUGAUGAAAUCACUACUGCCGAACGUCAAAGAAGCUCUUGCAAGUGACAAUGUUUUAAAACAUAAGCUCAAGAACAUCAUAGUAGUGGGUGAAAUGGAAGGAUAUGAAUCGUUCUCAAGUCUGCUCAACGAUGACGGUACUUGUUUCCCGGAGAAUCUCACGAUUGAUCCGAACGAGGACGUGGCACUCCUGCCGUACUCCAGUGGGACCACGGGGCUCCCUAAGGGAGUCAUGCUGACACACAUGAACGUUAUAGCAAACCUUCAGCAGACGAGGCCACAACUAACUAUCACGAUGGAUGACACCAUUCUGUGCCUUCUGCCAAUGUUUCACGUUGCUGGCUUGAUCGCCAUUUUAAUGGGAAUAUUAAAAGAUGGCGGGAAAAUUGUCACGUUACCUCAGUUUGAACCUGGAUCCUUCCUGAAAGCUAUCCAGCAGCACAAGGUGACCCUGCUGUAUAUGGUGCCCCCUAUAGCACUGUUCCUAGCCAGACAUCCACUCGUUGACAAGUUUGACAUUUCAAGCAUCCGAAGCCACGUUUGUGCAGCUGCUCCAUUAGGAGAGUCAUUGUGUUUGGAGUAUGAAAACAGAAUCAAACAUCCGAUUUGUCAAGGUUACGGGAUGACAGAACUGAGCCCAUUUGCUACAUUAGACACACUACCUCCCUACCAUUUAGGAACGGUCGGGCAACUAGUACCGAACACAAAAGCUAAGAUAAUGUGUCCGGAGACUGGAGCUGCACUAGGACCUGGGGAAACUGGGGAGAUUUGUAUAAAUGGGCCUCAAGUCAUGAAGGGAUACCUAAAUAACGAGGAGGCUACACGAGAAAUGAUCAAGGACGGAUGGCUUUUCACAGGUGAUUUGGGGCACGUGCGAGAGGACGGAUGUUUCGUCAUCGCAGACAGACUGAAGGAACUCAUCAAGUACAAAGGGCUGCAGGUUGCCCCAGCAGAGCUUGAGGAUGUAUUACUGAGUCAUCCCGGGGUACAGGACGUGGCAGUAAUAGGGGUCCCAGAUGAGAGGGCUGGGGAAAUCCCUCGUGCCUACAUCGUACCUAAACCAAACAGCAAGUACACCCCAGAAGAUAUAUCGAAAUUCGUCGAAGAAAACGUUGCUUCAUACAAGAAACUGAGAGGAGGAGUUGAAUUCCUGGAGGAAAUUCCAAAAUCACCAUCAGGAAAAAUACUCAGGCGUAUUCUUCGGGACAUGCCCUAAAUAAUUCGUCAUAACAGGUGAUGUAAAAAAAAAAAA